AAAAAUGAGCUUCAUGUCAUUCAGAUAUUAAAUCUAAUGUUUUCAUUCAUUUCUUUUAUUCUUAAUGAAAAUUUUAGAGAAAGUAUAAAAACUGUUGCCUUACAGUGGAGGACCUGUAGCCUGACUUGUAGAAAUAAUGUUGUCUAAAACCAAGGGCUGUCCUCAAAAAUGCCAUUGCAGAGCCUCCCUUAAGUGGAAAUUCCCCUUCUUAGAUGCAAGACUUCAUGGGUUUGCAUAGGCAUGAAGGCUUUUCCUCAGGUCACAACUGUCGAGUCAAAAAGAGUCCUUUGAAUUGGAGACAGAAAUAAUUUGGAAGAAGGCAUGGAAUAGAAGUGCAAUAUCCCUGAAAGAUACAUAUUAAGUUUCCCAGUGGCCUUCUGGUAGCCAGACAGCCAGAGUGUAUUCAAGUCCUUCAGUGUCAGAGUAGUAAAGACAUGAAUUACUGUAGCGAUCUCUGUGUGCAAAGGCAAUUGUUGAAACUUUUUGCCAAGUAUAAAUGGGAAAAAAAGAGUUUUGGUCACUGGUGAUACUUGCGUACUCUAGGUGAGGUCAGUAGGACCUCCAGUCUGUGAAUUGAGUGGUUGCUUUUUCCUGAACCAAGAUGCUAAAUAGUCUUCCACCAGUUCUUCCAAUUAGCUUUCCCAGUCCACAAGCAAGAUCUUGACCGAGUCCGAAGGACCAUCAGACAGCUAGUCUGCAUCUAGCCCAUCUCUAUAUUUAGACACUGGCUAAGCUGCUUAACUACAGCAAUUAUUUUGGAUGGAGGGAAAUACAGAGUUGAGUAUCCUUUGCUUACCAGAGGCACUGCAAUUACUAUUUCUGCACUAAACUGCCUAAUGUAAACUUGGGAAAAAAAAAGAAAGUUGUACUGAAGGCUGAUACCAAACAUAGCUUGCCUGGAAGAUGUAUUUACGAUAAAAUUACGCUAGUUGGAAAAAAAGCAUUUGUAUAAAAAUCCCUUCUCAAACAGUUAUAUCAAUGGUUAGAAUUGUGUUAACAGUGUAAGAAUAAUAUUGAUCUAAAUGGACCUUGUUUCAAAGAGCACUGUGUGGUUAAUAUUCAUGAAGGUCUUGGCUUCUAGAAUGAUACUUUCUGGUGGAGUGCUGAGAAAAUAUGUGGAGAGACUUUCUUUUAACGAAAAGUGGGAUUACUGCCUAAUUUUGCAAUAGGCAGGUCAGUGUAUUUGAGAAGCAUAAGCUUAUUUUUAAAGCUAGUGUCAUGCAUUAUUUCUACAAAUAUUUCCUCCUAAACUCAAAUUAACCUUUCUUUUGUGGUGCUUUGGCUGCCAUUUCUGCACUUUUGCAGAGGUGGCAUGUCCAUAGCAAAACUUCCGUCUUUUCCUGAACUCACAUCAUUUGCUACGAUUGGUUGGAGAGCGGGUGCCCUACAACUUGGAGUGUAAAUUAGCACAGGUAGCAGUCUGCUGAAGUGCUGGCUUUCCUAAAAAGUUUAUGCAAAUCAAUGAAUGAGAUUUUGAAAUAAAGAGAGAGGUACAAGCCAAAUGUGAGAGAAAAUGGAAGCUGCUUUAUGUUGAACAUUGUGGCAAGCUGAAUAACUGCUGAUUUGGAAGAAGUCUUUAACAUCAGUAUAUGGCAAGCAUAAGCUGGAAAAAUAAGAGCAGACUCUGUCCCCUAAAGGAAAAAUACACUUGUUCUGUCAUCUGCUGUAUUUAAGCUGUACAGUUUGACCUGUAACUAGCAUUGAAGUUCAGGGCUAGUUUGGUUAAUGAUUACAAUACUUUACAUCAUUUUAUUGUACUUCUCAGAAGCUCUUAAAAGUGUUUCCUCAAAACCGGCAACAAAAAGAUAACCCUGCAGGAAACAAAAAAAUAAUCUGAGUAUUAUUAGCGAUCUUAACAGUUGAAAAGGUAAAGGUUUUUCUAUGUUUAGUGAUUGUAGAUUGUCGAAAAUGGAAGUUCUUAGUGAGUAAUAGUACAUGCUUCUAGCUUUUGGAGAAUAAAAAAGGCUGUAGGGAAACAGAAUUUUAAACUUAACCAUGUUUCUGCUUUUUCCAGGUUGCACAAACUCUGUAGGCCUUGACUUAACCCUGUGUAAAGGGAUCUCUGUAUUUGUGCAGGAUUUCCAUAUGUACAGUCGUCCAGUCUGCACAGAAUAUCUAGAAAUUCUGGAUAUCUCUACAGACUUUGAGCAGAAAGAAAGUUAUGGUAGCACCCAGUAGUUUCACUUAAUUGGAGGAUCAAGAAGGUGCAUAGUAGACUUGGGGUUUGAUGCUGUAGACGGCAAUAAAAGGAUCAAAGGCUUAUGCCCUGCAUAGUUAUUACUCCAUGAACCUGCUGUAGGUCAAAGAGUUUUGAGAAGCAUCAGACCUACUAUGUAUGAACUGUACAGUUUAUACAUGAUUACUCAGUGAAUCUAGCAUGUCCUGAAGGCAGUGGAUUUACUGCACAUGUGCAUACCAUGAGUAUGCACGUAUAUCUGUCCAGGAGUUCUGGUCAUGAAAUAUGAUAGCUCUGUAACUUACAGUGCAUGUUACAAAGUGUGUGAUAUCUGAAAAGAACACCCAGGGUUAAGAUAAACUUACUGGAGUUUCCAGUGUUGGUAGUGAUUCACAGUUACCUCUUUAAGUCCAUAACAAUGUAUAAAUGUAUUCGUAAUACAAGGCUUUAAAAUGGUAAGGAAUGGAAACUUCCCUAUGGAAUUACCUUACUGCAAUAGUUCAAGGUCCCAGCAUUUACUCUUACAUAUUCUAUUCAGAUGUGAUUCCCCUCUCAAAUUUUUCUUACAUUUUUGCCUUCCCAAAUUGCCUUUCUGCUUGAGAUCUUUGUAGUUGAAUUUUCAGUGGUUGAGAUUGUUGGGAAUUUUUAAUUCUUUUUCAGGAAACCUAUCCCAGUUUUUGAGAACUGGGAGUAUCGGUAGUUGAUUUGGGAGUGGGUAAUGAGGCUGUUAUAUGAAAUGGUAGCGGUACUAUUAACUAUACAUCAAAUCCCUUUUUAUGGAGUGUCUGAAAGAUAAACACAAAUCCCCUUCAGAUAUAAUACGAAGUUUUCAGAAGAAAAGUCAGCUUAGGACCAUUGCUCCAAAAGUGGUACCAAAAAUGUUAACAUCUGGAGUGGUUUCUUGUCUUCAGUCAUCUUUAUCUGAGCAAAAUACACCAAUUUCAGCUGCAGGUUCUAAACCACUGGUGGUACCAACCCAAAACUAUGCUGUCAUGCAGGUGGCUGGUCAUGAGGGGACUUUUUCUCUGUUGGCCUUGCCAUAUGUUGCCCCUGCCCUAACACAGCAAGUCCAGCAGUCAAAUGUGGCCUCUUCUGAAAACCUAAAGCUGCCUAUCCCUAGGUACCAAUCUGUAAGAAAUAAAUUGCUGAGUGACAAAAAACUGGCACAAGUCUCUGUUUCGGGUGCACAUAACGAGAUUCCUACCAAAGCAUUGAUCUCAUCACAGACUUCCCCCGUGACUACUUUAACUGAAGACUGUCCCAAAACUCAUUCUAGCUCAGAUUCAACUGAGCAAGUGAUGCUAACAGACCAUGACUCAGCUGAAGUUACGGUUGCCGCAUUAGUAAAUAAAAGCAAUUGUGUGGAAUCUGGAUGUCCUUUAGUGAACAAAACUGAAAUUGCUAACGGUAAUGUUUCUGGACCAUCUGUAGUUAAAGACUCUUUAUCCAAGCGGGCAAGUACAAUUAAUCCCAUGAAACUAAGUCUACGCUCUGUGAAGACAGUAUCUGAAACCACAGGAGAGUCAUUCAUAACGUCUGAGAAACUGAAGGAAAAACCCACGAAUUCUGCAAAUUCUGUUGCUGUCCUGUCACCAGCAGUUUUUGGCAGUACAGUACAGAUGACUCCAUUGGCACCAAAAGGAAAACUUCCUAUUUUGCCUUACUCGCGGAUGAAAAAUUCAGUGUUCUGUAAAUUUAAGCAGAAUACUAAUGUUACAGAUGUGUCUGGUCCUUCACUAAGAUCUGAGUGUGAAAAAAUACCAUCUUUGGCGAAAACCUUUCAUGUUCCUACUAAAGCAUCUGAUAAGCGAUUAGCUGUAUCAUUUAUACAAGUCCCCAAACAAACCGUUCGAGAAAGUACCUUCUCUCCAUCCAAUAAAGUGGAUGUCGACAGUCUUAAAAAAUUGAACAGUGCAGCCUCUAAAAGAAGAGGCAGGAAGAGAAGAGCCCCAGAUGAUUUAUUGGCUUUUCAGACCAAGCGAAGGAAAUGCAUCAUUAAUAAGUUUAGAGAAGGAAGAGAGAGGGUGAAAGUUGAUCUUCAGCCACCUGAAGACAAAAAAGCAGAGGCAGUGAAGAAAUACCGUAGUAUUAGGCCAAAGCCAGUGGUAGUUGUGCAGGCUUUUGCACCACUGACUGCUGCGGCAAUAGUAGAGACACCGUCUCCUGAGCAAUUAGACCAAGAUACUGUUUUAAAUAGUUCACUUCCCAAUAAAUAUUUAAGUUACAAGCAGAGUGAUGCUACAUCAGUUAAAUCAAGUGAUUUAAGUAGAAGUGCAUCUUCAGCUGUACCUAAGCCGUCACAUAAAUGUCAUGUUUGUAACCAUAUCUUCCAGUUUAAACAUCAUCUUCAGGACCACAUGAACACACAUACAAACAAACGGCCUUACAGUUGUCGAAUUUGCCGGAAAGCAUAUAUUCAUUCUGGAAGCCUGAGCACGCAUAUGAAACUUCACCACAACGAAGGCAAACCCAAAAAGCUUGUGUGCUGUGAAUUCUGUGCUAAAGUUUUUGGCCAUGCAAAAGUGUAUUUUGGCCACCUCAGAGAAGUGCACAGGGUUGUUAUCAGCACAGAGCCCUCUAGUAGCGAGCAACAGCUGCAAGAUGCUUUAAAGAAGAGAGACACGAAUAUAAAAGAGGCAGAAGAAGCAACAGAGAGGGGAAAUAAGUGCAAUUUUGAGGACCUAUUCCAUAACCCAGGAGAAGUCAAAUUACAGAUCAAAUGUGGUCGAUGCCAGUUUGUUGCACAGUCUUUUGGUGAAAUGAAGUUUCACUUAUUGUGCUCUCAUGGAGAAGAGAUCCAGGGAAGAGUAAAGGAAGGGGUUUUGCAAGGAAAUAGAGGAGCUAAGGGGGAACUGAUCAAACAUGCAACCCACUUCUGGAAACAGUGCAAUGAGAGAAGACAUUUAGCAAAAUGUAGUGCCCGUGAGGAGGAGUUUUAUACUUUUCCAAAACUGAAAAGACAGAUAUACUUUCACCAUCAAAAUAAUGUUGAUAUGUUAUCUAAAAAUGAACUGACUCAGUCAGGAAGCGGUGAAGCAGCCAAGGAGAUGCAAAAUGUAGGUUUUGGUACACAAAGCAAAAAAAUAGAAAUUUGGUCUAAAGCGGGCUAUAACUGCAUUUUGUGCAAACAGUUAUUUGGAAGAAAAGAGGAUCUUUGUAAUCAUUGGCAGAGUCGUCAUAACUGUGAAGACCCUUCCACUUUAUGGACAAUUUUUAGUUUGUUAUCAAAACAAGGAAUUAUUGAACUUUCUAGUAAUGGUGAAUAUUGAAGCUCGAUUCUACAAUGCUAUGAAAAAGAUCAACUACCUUACUAAAUUGUUUAUGGUUUUCUGCUGUGUUGCUAAACUAACUCAAGAGAAGUGUCACUUCAGAGGUUUGUUUGGUGGGUUUGUUGUUUUGUUUUGUUUUUUUUUUUAAGUUAUGCUAACCUUUAUUUUGUUGAAUAGAAAAUGUAUUUAUCCAGUAUCAUUCCUGAUGGGUACAUGCAAGCCAAUCACUGUACUUAAAAUUCAUGCUUAAGGAACUUAGCAGCAGCAAAUACUCAAUACUAAUGGUUAACACCAAGGAAAAAGAUUUUCAAGUUAAACUAUACUAUACACACAGAAAUAAAUCAUUUUAUAUAAAGUAAUCUCAAUCUUGAAUGAAAUUACAAACCAGACUGGAAGUGUAAUUUCAGUCCCAGCUGUGCUUCCAGAUUUUAUGGUAAAUAAAUAUUUCCAUGCACUUCUCUGGAUCAUUUGAAUGUGCAUACAUUCAGCCAGCAUUCAGGAGCUUUAUAAUCUAUAAUUUAAGAGCUUUUAAUUCUUGUUUUCUUGAUUCCAGUAUCUUCAACCAUGUUCAUUGCUUGCAGGUUUGUAUUGACAGGUCUUUUAGGUGUUAUAUUCUGUCCUGGGAACAGCAAGAAUUUUUGGAUUUUAAAAGUGAAAAAUCUACGUGUAUGGUUUUUUUGCCUGUAGCUCUUCGGGUUGAAGACGAGUUAGUUGCCAUCCAUGAAGAUGGAACCCUCAAAGCUUGACUGCUUUAUGAAAAAAACCAAGUUUGUUUUAAAAAUAGUAAUCUGAGUUGGUUACUCCUGGGAAGUUUGACAUUCUGCAAUAGUCUGCAUGUUUCACAGUGAACUUUUUAGUAUAUCCCUUGCACCUCCUGUGACAGCAGCACUACUGCUGCCAACACCAUCAGCACUCUGCCUUUAACACUCUAGGUGUAUAGCUUUUGUACCUCUGCAGUUGACCCAGUCUGUGGCUUUAAAGGGAAAUUGUUCCUUCACUUCUAAGUCUAUGGUGCAGGUAGUGAGGUUUUUUCACUUGUGUUGCCAGAUGUACUGUACUAGAGGAAUUGCAUGCGGCACCUUAACCUUCCAAUAUCAGGAGCUAGUAACAGUUACGUUGUGCAAAGCUGUAGCAGCCUGUAGUGCAGGAGUAGUGCAUUCUGUGUCCCCCUGCUACAGAGCAGGCAUGGUAGGUGACCAUUUCAGCACAUAUCCAAGGGGGCAAGUCAGUUCAGGCUGUAAGGAGAUGGAGUUCUGGAGCUCAGUUUUGAUGAAAAGGUCACUGAAGCCAUUGAAUCUCAUUUGAAACUGGUGUUUAAACUGCUGUUACUUAAAGCCUUAUGUACCUCUGAAUUAUUUUGGGAGCAAUAAUGGAGACAGUGUAAGAAAUCACUGUAUCACUGUUCAACAGAAGUCAGAGCACAUCAGAGGGCAAACUGAAAAAUGUACAGUCUCUACAGUACUACUCUAUUCAUUUCUUGUGGUCAAACUGUAAUUGAGGGAUUGCAAUGAUAAAAGAGUCAUUCCUAAAAUGUCCUGGGUCGCCUCUUACUGUUUUGCAAAAAUUGUGGUGAUGAGAACAUGAGAAGAGAUCUAAAAGUAUUGGGUUUUCUGAGUGGCAUUCCAGAAGCUGUUGCAAUAUUUUGUGUAUGUGUUUUGUUUCUCAACAGUAAAGGCAAUUUUGAUGAGGUAA